AUGAAAGCAGAAUUAGAAUUUGCAUUGUUAAAUGCUGGCAAUUUGUUUUGUUGUCUAGGUUUGUCACUUAUAGCUCCGUUUUAUCCAGCAUAUGCACAUAAAUUUGAUGUUUCUAAUUCCCUCUUAGGACUUAUCUUUGGCUUAAAUCCAAUAGGAGGAAUGCUCGCUUCUUUAAUAGUUGGUAAACUAUUGAAUCAUGUAAAAUUUAAUCAUUCAUUCUUAGAAAAACUAAACAACAUUGUUAUGUUUAGGUCUUAUUAUUCAAGCUAUUGGAUAAUUUUAGUUUCCGCUUCUCUAUUUUGUAAAUUAAAAAGAGUAUUUCUUAACACUUUCAUUCAUAGGGAGAUUUUUAAGUGGAUUUGUAAAUAUAUUAAAAUAACUUUAGGGUGGUUGUACAUUUUUAACUCCAUUUUAUGCUUCAAUACCUUAGAAAUUUCCAGAAACGACAGAUUAAAAAAUGGCGAUAGUUGAAUUUUUCUCUUCAUUCGGCUAUUUGGCGGGAGCAGUUGCUGGAUCGAUCUUAUAUGAAAUAGGAGGAUUUUCUUUUCCGUUUUUGAUAUUUGCAUCUGCUUCAAUUAUAAUUGCCUUAUUGAUUAAAUUAAGCUUUUCAAAAAGUGAUAAGAUACUUCCUUAAAAAUAAAUUGAAAAUAAAAUAGGAUAUUUAACAAUUCUAAAAGAUUUAUCUAUACUUACAUCAUUUAAUGUAAUUUUUUCAAUGUGCAUUGCGUAUUCAUAUUUUCAACCAAUUUUUGCAAUUUUCUUUUAAGAUUAUUUUGAUGUUUCACCAAUAGAUUCAGGAUACUAUAUGUCUGUAGCUCCAUUAGCAUAUUGUUUUGGAGCUUUUCUUAUUUCAAAGAUUAAGCUUCAUAAAUAAAUAACUAUUUUAAUAGGAAUAAGUGUAGUUGCUAUUUCAGAAUUUAUGAUGGGACCGGACCCCUUAUUUGGCAUCGAACCAUAAUUACAUUUGACUACUAUAUCAUACUUUAUAUUUGGAUUCUUUAUAGCUAUACCAUAUGUAUUAACACUUCCAUCUAUUACUGAAACUUUAGAACUUCGUUUUGAAAAAAAAGAUCACGAUAAAUGUAUCUCUUUAGCAUCUGGAUUAUUUAAUUCAAUUCUUUCAAUUGGUGAAUUUUUGGGACCAUUCCUAUCCGGAUUAAUUGCAGAACAUUUAGCAUUUCCAAGAUCAUGUAGUAUUCUAGGGUUGUAUUUAAUAUUAACCAUUAUUUUAUACAUUCCUAGUUUCAUUUAAUUUAAGGCUAAAGUUUAAAGAAAAAAAGUAUUAACUCUUGAUGAAUAAUUAUGA